AUGGCGCUUGAUCCGGCCAACGGUUUCGUUGCGGGCAGCAGCGUUGCCAACCUGGAUGGCGACAGCGCCGCCCUGCCCAUCUUCGACGUCGAGCGCGUCUCCCUCGAGUUCUCCAUCGCUGCCGACUUUGUCGCCGCACAGGUUGCCAACAACGUCCUGGUCCUGGCCCUAUCCAACGGUCGCAUCCUCCGCAUCGACCUCAACCGUCCCCAGGACAUCGACGACAUCGACCUGCCAAAAAAGCCCAGCGAAGUCGGCGUCACCCGCCGCAUGUUCCUCGACCCGACUGCUUCCCACCUAAUAAUCUGCACCACUCAAGGGGAGAACUACUACCUGCACUCGCAGUCACGCCAGCCUCGGCCCCUGUCCCGCCUGCGCAACGUCAUCAUCGAGAGCGUCGCCUGGAAUCCGGCCCAGCCAAACGCUUCGACGAGAGAGAUACUCAUCGGGGCCGCCGAUGGCAACAUAUAUGAGACAUUUAUAGAAACUUCGACCGAGUUUUACAAAAAGGAGGAGAAAUACUUCAAGCACCUGCAAAAGCUUCCAGAUGGUCCCGUCACCGGGCUAUGGGUAGACGCGGUGCCUGGUCGGCCAGACGAUAAAGUUGUCCUGAUCACUACCCAGACCCGCAUCUUUCACCUCGCCGGUAAAGCAGGUCGUAGCCACCACCACCACCACGAUGGCUCGACGUACACCAAACUGUUCGAGUCUGAAGAGCCGACCAUUCACGAAGUGCCCCGGCCGACCUCCUCUUCGGGCACCAACAAGGCAUACACGCAACCAGCCUCCAGCCUAGUUGUCUCACCGGAUCCCCAGCAAGAUCCCGCCAAACCGUUCCAGGCGCCGCUGCCUGAACGUGUGUUUGCCUGGCUGUCAUCUCAGGGUGUCUUCCACGGCGUGCUGCUCAACAGUCCGCCCGGUCCCGAACUCGGCACCAGAGUGUUUUCAGAAUCCAAAAUGCUCCCGAGAUCACAGAUUACCUCGACGCUGGAUUCCGCAGGCAGGAAAAAAACGAGCACUGACGCCAUAGAGAUGAUUGCGCUGACGCAAUGGCAUGUAAUGUGCCUUGUGGGCCGUCGUGUAGUGGCUGUGAACCGGCUGACGGGGGCUAUCGUGUACGAUCAGGUCAUUCUCGAGAUGGGGCAAAAGGCGGCAGGACUUUGUGUUGACCUGCAGAAGAAUACCUUCUGGCUGUUCACUGCCCAGGAGAUCUUUGAGAUUGUGGUGAGAGAUGAGGAGCGAGACAUCUGGAAGAUUAUGCUCCAGGCACAGCGCUUCGAUGCCGCACUGCAAUAUGCCCACACACCAGCUCAACGCAACGCAGUAGCUACAGCAUCGGGAGACUAUCUUGUCGCCAAGGGGCUUUUCGAUGAGGCGGCUGGUGUAUAUGGCAAGAGCAAUAAGCCAUUUGAAGAAGUGGCACUUACUUUUGUGGACAACAACCAGCCUGAUGCCCUGCGUAAAUAUUUACUUUCAAAGCUCGCCACCUACAAGAAAGGCUCUGUCAUGCAAAGAGUAAUGAUUGCAACCUGGCUGGUGGAGAUCUUUAUGGCCAAGCUGAACUCUCUGGACGAUGCCAUUAUCACCAAAGCCGAGCUGUCAGAAGCAAUGAAUCCUGCCGAGACCAAAGAACGGCUGGACACGGUCAGGGGGGAGUAUCAUGAUUUUGUCAACAAAUACAAGACCGACCUCGACCGCAAAACCGUUUACGAUGUCAUCAGCAGCCAUGGGCGCGAGGAAGAGCUCUUGUUUUUUGCGAACGCGGUCAACGACUACAACUAUGUCUUGUCUUACUGGGUCCAGCGGGAAAACUGGACGGAGGCACUCAACGUCCUCAAGAGGCAGACGGACGCCGAUGUCUUUUAUCGCUACAGCAGUGUGCUGAUGACGCAUGUCGCAACUGACCUAGUCGAAAUCCUCAUGCGGCAGUCAGCGUCGCUGAAGCCGCGGAAUCUGAUUCCAGCCCUCCUGGAGUACGAUCGCAACUUCAAGGGCCCUUUGGCCCAGAACCAAGCUAUUCGAUACUUGCAGUACGUGGUGAACCAGCUCGGGUCCACGGAUUCGGCCGUGCACAACACGCUUGUCUCGAUGUAUGCUUCCGUCCCUUCUUCGAAGGAUGAGACAGCGCUGCUUUCGUAUCUCGAAUCCCAAGGCGAUGAGCCUCGUUAUGACCUCGACUUUGCAUUGCGGUUAUGUAUACAACACCGGCGCGUAUUGGCAUGCGUACACAUUUAUACGAGCCUGGGUCAAUACCUACAGGCUGUGGACCUUGCCUUGGCGCAUGGCGAACUCGAGCUGGCGUCUAUUGUUGCCGACAGGCCCAUUUCCAACCCCACAUUACGCAAGCGUCUCUGGCUAGCAGUCGCGCGGAAGGUUAUCUCACAGUCGGAUGGCGGUAUCAAGUCAGCCAUUGAGUUCUUGAGGCGGUGUGACCUGUUGCGCAUCGAGGACUUGAUCCCAUUCUUUCCCGACUUUGUUGUUAUCGACGACUUCCGAGAGGAGAUCUGCACCGCACUGGAGGAUUACGGGCGUAGCAUUGACUCGCUGAGGAGGGAGAUGGAGGAAAGCUCCCAGACGGCGGCAAACAUUCGCGUCGACAUCGCCGCGCUCGACCAGCGGUAUGCCAUCGUCGAGCCCGGCGAGAAAUGUUAUGUCUGUGGGCUGCCACUGCUUAGUAGGCAGUUCUUCGUUUUCCCCUGUCAGCACGCCUUCCACUCGGACUGUCUCGGCCGCAAGGUUAUGGAGCAGGCAGGUGUGGGCAAAGGGCGCCGGAUCAAGGAGCUGCAGGUGCAGAUAUCCAAGGGGCUUGUGAGCGGGACCAAGAAGGCCGACAUGAUUGCUGAGCUGGACGCGCUGGUUGCUGCUGCUUGUAUUCUUUGCAGUGAGUAUGCCAUCAAGAGGAUCGAUGAGCCUUUCAUCAAGGCCGAGGAAGAGAAAGCCGAAUGGGCGUUAUAA